GGGCGCAGCAUGGCGGAGCCCGAGCCGGCCGGCCUCGGCGACGCCGUGCUGCUGGCGCCGCUCACCGAGGACUCGUUCGUGCACAAUCUGCACGUGCGUUACAAGCGCGAUAUUAUCUACACGUACGUGGGCAAUGCGCUGGUGUCGGUGAACCCGUGCCGAGCACUGCCGCUGUACUCCGCCGACCUGGUGCGCACGUACCUCACGCGCCCACCCUACCUGCUGCCGCCGCAUCUAUACGCGAUAACCUUGACGGCGUAUAGAUGGGUGCGGGACAGAAAUGAAAACCAGUGCAUUGUUAUAACAGGCGAGAGCGGCGCGGGCAAGACGGAGGCUGCGCGCGUGUGCCUGCAGUGCGCGGUGGUGGCGGGCGGCGCGGGCGCGGGCGGGGCGGGCGCCGCGCUGGCCGCCGCCGGCACGCUGCUGGAGGCCUUCGGCAACGCCGCCACCUCCCGCAACCACAAUGCCAGCAGAUUCGGCAAACUGUUGGACAUAGAGCUGGACUUCAAGGGGGAGCCGGUGGGGGGGCACAUAACGCACUGUGAGUACGCCCAUGUUUCAUGUACUUUACAGUUUGAAGCUGCUACUAAUGAUGUCCUUUGUCCCUUACACGCAGACCUGCUGGAGAAGGUAACCGCACACACGUACACACACAUCAGCUUGUUGUGUGUGCGCGUCGUGUACAACAAUAAUAUUUGUCUAUAUAUCCAAAAUAUCGGAGCGUCGCCGCUACAAGCACGGCGCAUGAAGUGUAGUGUGAGGGCGCGUGUGCAGGAGCGCGCGUGCGGUCCGCUGGAGGGCGAGCGCAACUUCCACGUGCUGUACCAGCUGCUGGCCGGCGGCGACGCGCAGCUGCUCAAGCGGCUGCGCCUGCAGCGGUCGUGGGAGCAGUACCGCGUGCUGCGGGGGGCGGGGUCGGGGGCGGGGCCCGCGUCGCCGCGGCGCGCGCCGCCCACGCCGCCGCCCGCCGCCGCGCCCGCCACGCCCGCUGCCGCGGACCGCGACCACUUCGCCUUCACUAAGGCGGCGAUGGGCACGCUGGGGCUGGGCGCGGCGCAGUGCGGCGGCGUGCUGCGCGUGCUGGCGUUCCUGCUGAAACUGGGCAACGUGCAGUUCGAGCCGCAGCACAACAUCGACGGCUCCAUCGGCACGCGGCUGCAGCGCGAGUACGAGCUGCGCGAGGCGUGCGCCCUGGUGGGCGUGGAGGCGGAGGCGCUGGCGGGCGCGCUGGGCGCCGAGCCCGGUACGCAGCUCCCCGCACUCGCCCUGGUCGUCCUCCUCGCUCCCCUCGCCGGCGGCGAGUGGGAGGAGGCGAGCGCGGAGGGCGGCGCCGGGGGCGCGACUGGCGCGGCGGGGGACGAGCGGGCGGAGGCGGCGGCGGAGGGCGGCGCGGGGUGGGCGUGCGCGCUGCGCGACCGCCUGCUGUGCGCGGUGUACGCGCGUCUCUUCACCUGGCUCGUGACCGCCGUCAACGAGGCCAUAAAGCCUUGCGCGGCGGGCGCACGCAGUUCGCUGAGCAUCCUCGACGUGUACGGGCUGGAGACGCUGGCGCACAACGGGCUGGAGCGGCUGCUCAUCAACUACGCGGCGGAGCGCGUGCAGGCGGCGGUGGGCGCGGCGGCCCUGCGGCGCGAGCAGGAGGAGUACGUACGCGAGGGGCUGCCCUGGACGCCGCUGGCGUGCGCCGAGCUGGAGUCGAACGCCGAGCUGCUGGAUGCGGGCCCGGAGAGCGUGCUGGGCGUGCUGCGCGAGUGCAGCGCGCGCGGCCUGAGCGACGGCUGCUUCCUGCAGCGGCUGCAGCGCCGCCGUCACCCGCGCCUGCUGGUGCUGCCGCCCGACCGCUUCCAGGUGGUGCACUUCGGCGGGCCCGUGGUGUACAGCGCGCGCGGCAUCGUGCACAAGAACCGCGACACUCUGUGCCGGCGCAGCGCGGCGGUGCUGGCGGCGGCGCGCGAGCCGCGUCAGUACAAGCGCAUGUGCAGCAUAAUGGAGAUGGCGGCGCUGCGGCGCGCGGGCUGGUGCGAGUCGCAGUGCGCGCGUGCGCUCGUGGCGCGGUACGCCCCGCUGGCCCCCGACCCCGCCGCCCCGCGCCGCGCCGCCGACCCCGUGCGCGCCGCGCGCCAUCUGCUGCGCGCCCUGCCCAUACCCAGCGCGGAGUUCGCCUACGGCCGCACGCGCGUCUUCAUCCGCAGCCCGCGCACGGUGUGGGAGCUGGAGGCGCUGCGGGCGGCGCGCGUGGCGCAGUUGGUGACGGCGGCGCAGCGGGCCUGGCGCCGACACGCCGCACGCCGCCGCGCCCGCGCCCAGCGCACCAUCGCUCGCGCCUGGCGCGCCUACAAGAGGAGACGAGCACGCGCACAAUACGCUCAGCCCGCAACUACACUUCAUGUGAGUAUGACUUUAAAAUUCUCUUGUCCUGUUCCUAUACGUACUAAAACUUUCUAUUUCAAGUUAAAAUAUCCCUUUAUUACGUACAUUAUUUGGUUCUGUUUAGUUCAUUGGGCGGGGCGAGAGGCGGGGCGGGAGGCGGCGGCGCGCGUUGUGUGGCGCGCCUGGUGCACGGCGGCGCGGCGGCGCUACCUGUGUCGGCUGUGGGCGCAGCUGCCGGCUCGGCACCGCAGCCCGGCGUGCGGGGCGUGGCCGCCGUGCCCGCAGCCGCGCUUGCUGGGCCGCGCGGACGGGCUGCUGCGCCGGCUGCACCACCGCUGGCGCUGCCGCCUCUACCGGCAGGCGUUCGACCAGACGGCGCGCAACCGCAUGCGCGAGAAGGUGACGGCGAGCGUGCUGUUCAAGGAGCGCAAGGCGACGUACGCGCGCAGCGUGGCGCACCCGUUCGUGGGCGACUACGUGCGGCUGCGCGCGUCCGCGGCGUGGCGGCGCGGCGCGGGGGCGGCGGGCGCGGACCGCUAUGUGGUGUUCGCCGACGUGGUGGGCAAGGUGGCGCGCUCCAGCGGGCGCGUGGCGCGCUGCCUGGCCGUGCUGUCGACGGGCGCGCUGCUGCUGCUAGAGGCGCGCUCGCUGCGGCUGAAGCGGCGCGUGCCGGCGCACUGCGUGUACCGACUCUCGCUGUCGCCGUACGCGGACGACCUGCUGGUGGUGCACGUGCGCGCGGGCGAGGGCGCGUGGCGGCGGCGCGGCGACCUGGUGCUGCGGACCUGCCACGUGCUGGAGCUGGCCACCAAGCUGUUCCUGGUGGUGCAGAACGCGGUGGGCGCGCCGCCGCACGUCAACAUCGCCACCGAGUUUGAGGCGAACUUUGGCCAACAAAUAGUAACGAUCUCGUUCCACGCGCUGGGCGGUGCGGGGGCGGGGAGCACGCGCUCGCGCAUCUCUGCACCUCCGCACCUCUGCACCUCCGCACCUCUGCACUAG